AAUAAUUUCACUGCCCUAAAAUCCUCCAGGCUCUGCCAGGUCAUCCCUCUCUCCACAAUACUUAUUUAACACAGUGUCCAGGUCACAGAUGAUGCUCAGCUAUGUGCAGCGUACCUGCUGCUGCUGCUGUGUCCUGCCUGUGAGCUGUGGCCACAGGCUGGAAGGGUGUGUGUGGGGGGGGGUGCUUGUUCAGGAAGGACAGGCAGGACUUGGGGAGAGUGGGAAUGGAGAGGCAGGAGCCUAGGGGACUCAAGGGCUCUGGAAGCUAGAGGUGGCAGUAUGGUACUGCAGAGAAUUAGGAAGUGCUGGACAGCAUGGACUUGAACGCAGAAUGUCCACCUGCCUAACAGGGUGGGGCAACCAGCUGGGCCAGUGGGAAAGCUCUACUCUAAGAGGCCGCCAAGCUGGGCUCCACUGCCAUUUCACCGCGCGACCUGGGGCAAGUCCCUUUUCUCCUACGGAUACUGAAGUGCAUAUCCUCUUUGCACACCCUCGGUGUGACGGUGAGAAAGUGCCGCCCACAGCCGGGCAGCUUUCAGGAGAGGCAGGAGCCCCUACGGACCAGGCAAGGACACACAAGGGACGGCGGCCGCAGGAGCAGCCUCUGAAGGGGCUUUACUGGGUACGUUUUCUUUAUGAGCAACAGGCGGCGUUCUCAGCGCAGCCCGGAGAGAACAACUUUCCAGCCUGAGCCGGCCUGCCGCUUUAAAGCCCGGGGUCCUAGCCCCUCGGUGCCCCGCUGCGCCGUGGGGCGGGGGGGGUGGACAGGCGGUCGCGCGGUGGCGGCAGCUGUGCCCGUGAGCCCAAGGGUUAAACCCGUUCCCCUGCAGCUGCCGCGCGUGCCUUGCAGAAUUUCACCAGAAGAGGGUACAGUUUGAGAAGCUCUUGACGUCAGGCUGGAAUUCCUAUUGUGUUUAGAACCGGCUUGGGCAAAGCAAGCUCAAGUUCGCUCUCCGCACGCCUCCGCGGACUGUGCGGGUCCGGCGGCGCCGGGACGGGUCCCUCGCUGGGGGCGCACGCGGGGACCCGCGCGACUCCGAGUCUCGCGCGCCGCUGCCUGCGCGCCUCGGGGCGGAGGACCGUGCCUGCGCCCACUGGGGGACCCACUCCUGCAGCAGGAGUAGCUGAAGCGGCGGAUCGCGGCGCCCCGGAGCGCGGGUGAGUGCCCAGCAAGGCCGGUGGCCCGUGCAGCCCCCAGCCGGCGCACCCCGGCGCCCGGAUGCCAGCCGCGAGCCCGGCGGCCGGGUGCAUGCCUCCCCCGCGGCGCCCCCCAGCCGGCUGCUGCCCGCUGUGACCGUGCUUCCAGGCGGGCGAGCGCCGGCCGGGCUUCCCCGAAGGCCGAGCACCAGUGGGACCCGCCGGCCCCCCGGCGGCGGCGGCGGCGGCGGGGAGCGGAGACAAGGCUGCGCGGGCACCCGCCGGGAGAAUGGACGGGGCCGAGGAGCGCAGCCUCCCGGAGCCGGGCAGCCAGGGCUCCCGGGCCGGCGAUGACAUCGAGAUCGUGGUCAACGUGGGGGGCGUACGGCAGGUGCUGUACGGAGACCUGCUCAGCCGGUACCCCGAGACGCGACUGGCGGAGCUCAUGAACUGCUUGGCGGGGGGCUACGACACCAUCUUCUCCCUGUGCGACGACUACGACCCCGGGAAGCGCGAGUUCUACUUCGACAGGGACCCGGACGCGUUCAAGUGUGUCAUUGAGGUGUACUAUUUCGGGGAGGUCCACAUGAAGAAGGGGAUCUGCCCCAUCUGCUUCAAGAACGAGAUGGACUUCUGGAAGGUGGACCUCAAGUUCCUGGACGACUGCUGCAAGAGCCACCUGAGCGAGAAGCGCGAGGAGCUGGAGGAGAUCGCGCGCCGCGUGCAGCUCAUCCUGGACGACCUGGGCGUGGACGCCGCCGAGGGCCGCUGGCGGCGCUGUCAGAAGUGCGUCUGGAAGUUCCUGGAGAAGCCCGAGUCGUCAUGCCCGGCGCGGGUGGUGGCCGUGCUGUCCUUCCUGCUCAUCCUCAUCUCGUCGGUGGUCAUGUGCAUGGGCACCAUCCCCGAGCUGCAGGUGCUGGACGCCGAGGGCAACCGCGUGGAGCACCCCACGCUGGAGAACGUGGAGACGGCGUGCAUCGGCUGGUUCACGCUGGAGUACCUGCUGCGCCUCUUCUCCUCGCCCAACAAGCUGCACUUCGCCUUGUCCUUCAUGAACAUCGUGGACGUGCUGGCCAUCCUGCCCUUCUACGUGAGCCUCACGCUCACGCACCUGGGCGCCCGCAUGAUGGAGCUGACCAAAGUGCAGCAGGCAGUGCAGGCCCUGCGGAUCAUGCGCAUCGCCCGCAUCUUCAAGCUGGCGCGCCACUCCUCGGGCCUGCAGACCCUCACCUAUGCCCUCAAGCGAAGCUUUAAGGAACUGGGGCUAUUGCUUAUGUAUCUGGCUGUGGGCAUCUUUGUCUUCUCUGCCCUGGGCUACACCAUGGAGCAGAGCCACCCUGAGACCCUGUUUAAGAGCAUCCCCCAGUCCUUCUGGUGGGCCAUCAUCACCAUGACCACGGUGGGCUAUGGCGACAUCUACCCCAAGACCACGCUGGGCAAGCUCAAUGCAGCCAUCAGUUUCCUGUGUGGGGUCAUUGCCAUCGCCCUGCCCAUCCACCCCAUCAUCAACAACUUCGUCAGGUACUACAACAAGCAGCGGGUCCUGGAGACGGCAGCCAAGCAUGAGCUGGAGCUGAUGGAGCUCAACUCUACCGGUUCAGGUGAGGGCGAGGCAGGGGGCUCCCGCAGCGACCUGGACAACCUCCCGCCAGAGCCCUCUGGGAAGGAGGGGCUGAGCUGGGGCAGCCGCCUGAAGAUCUCCCACAGUGACACCUUCAUCCCCCUCCUGACUGAGGAGAAGCACCAUAGGACCAGGCUCCAGAGUUGCAAGUGAGGAGGGCCUCCUGGGCACAGGUGGACUUGGCCCAUGGAUGGAUGGAUGGACGGACGGGUGUGACAGACCUGUCAUUAUGGCUCUGGAGGGGCUGUCCUCUGUCCCCCCAAUGCUUUUCUGAACAGAACUCUGAAGGCCCUCCAAGGGCACCUUUGAUGAGGCUGGGUAAGACCCCUUUCCGCUGCUGGCUGCCCAGAAGUCAGGGGAUGGGUAGGCAAGAGUCAUGGGCAGCAUGGAGUGAAGGAGGCCACGGUCAGGAUGACAGGAGCCUUCGCCCAGUUCUGUGUCUCUCUCAAUAAAGCCUCCGGCUCUGUGCGCCCGCAG